AGGGCCGGGUUCUCCUAGCAACUAGAUCAUAUGUUGAACUAGUGUAUUGUAAAUUAUCUUCAAACUACGUUUCAUCAGUCUUCUCUCAGCCUUCGAGUUCAAUCCCUGGCUCCCUCUCUGCUCCUCGGCAUCCAUUCAGAUAUAAUCCAUAAUCCUUUUUAUCCAAACAAUCCUUAAUUCAUAAUCCUCUUUAUCUAAACGAUCCUUAAUUCAUAAUCCCAUCUCCUGGACGAUCCUUACUCCCUCACAUAUUCCUUCAAGCGAUCCGUCUUUUAGUAGAUCGACGAUCUCUCAAGCAAUCUAUAUUAUCUGAGAAGGGACGAAUCUUAUUGUAAAACUUUGAAACCUGUGGAUUCUUUUAAAUCACAGUCCCACCCCGUCAACCCCUAAAGAGCUUUCAGACAGCGUUAAAGUUCCCGAAGCUGUACUCAAUAUUCAAAAAAUCCUACACCCAGAGAACCUAGACCCUUGAGAGAAAAUAGACCCAAUAGAGUCUAGAGGUUUGAGAGAAGACUUAAAAUUUCUCUCUUCAAUAAGACAAAUCAUUCUGUGACAGUGAAAGUCAAAUCGUCCCCGAUAAAAACAAAAAAACAGCUGAAAUAUGUCUUGCCUGAGUUUUGUUCUUCUCUCAUUCUUUUUAUUACUAGUGGUGUACCCUGGAGCCUGUAGACCAGAGUACCUGGAAAAGGAGUUGCAGCUGAACCCAACCCUGGAGUUGGGAUUGGAGAGAGAACAUGUCCUGGAUACAGAGAGCAGUAUCUCAACUCAACAAAAUAUAAUCAAGAAAUCCAGGACUAAACGCAGCAAAGUUAAGCUGUGUGGGGAUAUUCUAAUUGAGAUGCUCCGGGUAGUCUGCAGGCACAGGGGCAGGAGGGACGUUUCUAACCAGAGCUUCUGGUUAUCAAAUAGGGAAGAAGUGUCAAAUUUUGCUGCAAACCGAGGGGUAGGGUUGGCGGAGAGCUGCUGUCAAAAUUCCUGCUCUAUACGACAACUCCAGCGGGCGUGUGGUCUAAUCUACUAAAAUUACAUCCGCCUGUACUCCGCCAUUAUCCUUCCUCAUAUUUAUUUUAAGAUACCAGAAGAAAAUAGCAAAAUAAAUACUCAUUUAUUAAA